ACCUCUGGACCCUCAUUUUCCAUGUGGGUAUUAAUACCUGAUUUCAAUACUGAAAGACUGUUCCUUUUUUGUUCCCAAUGGCUGCAGUCACCUCCUCUUCUCUCUUGAGGAACUGUGCAGCAACAACUGUAAGAGCUUUUGUGACUGUGAAAGCCUCCAACCCCAAUUUCAGAACUUUCCUUCUUCCUCUUCACUCUCGCAGGUCCCUGUGUCGUGUUAGCGCUACAAACAAUGAAGAGGCUGCUGCCAAGGUAGCUGCAGCAAAUGCCGACAGUGGAGCUCCAACAAUAUUUGACAAGAUCAUAGCAAAGGAAAUCCCAUCAACCAUUGUAUACGAGGAUGAUAAGGUCCUCGCAUUUCGGGAUAUCAACCCACAGGCUCCUGUGCAUGUUGUUAUCAUCCCAAAGAAUAGGGAUGGGUUAACAGAGCUGGGAAAGGCUGAAUCUAGGCAUGUGGAAAUAUUGGGUCAACUUCUGUAUGCUGCAAAAAAAGUUGCUGAGAAAGAAGGUAUUCUUCACGGGUUUCGUGUGGUUAUCAACAAUGGUCCAGAGGGAUGUCAAUCUGUUUAUCAUCUUCACUUGCAUCUCCUUGGUGGGAGACAGAUGAAAUGGCCACCUGGUUGAAUAUGCAAAAACUGACGGACAGUAAAGGGUGAUCUUAAUCUUCACUGCAUGAGGAAUCAGAAGACAAGAAGAGAUAGCUGUGGUAGCUUUUCUUAGUUUGGGUAUUGUUUCUCAGUUUCUUAAUACGUAAUGUAACUUAAUUAGAAGGAUGGUAUCGUUUUGGUAUUAUUACCUGUCCAAUAACACACCCAUUUUGAAACGAUUUGCAUAACGAUGCACGAUUCAAUUUAAAGUGUUACAUGGCCCCAGUAUAACCCCACAGGAUGAAGUUGAACUGAUCAAGUGCUCUUCAUUCUUCCCAUGUUGAUAGGUAGUAGAUGAUACUAGCAAGAGUGCCCGCGCUUUGCUGCGGGAUGCAAACUGUAACGAUUAUUCUUUUCCUAUUUCGUAGGUUUAAAAAGGAGAUGAUGUUAAUUGUAACAAUUAUUCUUUUCCUAUUUCGUAGGUUUAAAAAUGA